AAUCUUAGAAUUCAGUCCAAAUAACAUCUCACAAAGUUUAAUACAAAGUAGUUCCAGUGUGUUUAAAACCACUCAUAAAAUAGAAGAGAAUCAAUAAAUAUUUGAUUUUAACCUCCAAAAUCUAUUUAUUUUAUAAUUAAUUUUUAAAUAUAUAUUUAUGGCAGUGGAAGAUGAGACUAGAAAUUCCAACGAAAAAGAUAAAGAGUUCAAUGUUAAAGCUGCGAUUUUCUUAUCUGGCGUCUCCGGAAUUUCGGCAUUAAUAGGCUUUGGAGCAACAUUAGCAUCUGCUAAAAAACAAGACCCAAAAUAUUUUGGAAUUGGCAUGACACCUUCAAAGGAAUUAUCUGAAACAGGUGCUUCCUUAGCAUUAAGAGCUCUUGGAUGGGGAACACUAUACGCAUUUGUUGGAUGCGGAGUUCUAUUCUAUAGUAUUUGGAAAUUAUCUGGAGCAACUGACAAACCACUGGACCGAUCUUGUUCAAUAUAUACUGCAUCUUUAAUAUGCUAUGAACCAGCGAUUGAACUAGGAUUAUCAUGAUUGCUUCGAUAGUUUUUUUUCUAAGAGCGAAAAAUAUAAUUUUCAAAGUUGUAUAAAAAAGUCAAUUUUUAUAAUUUAGAAUUCACUCUAGUUCUAUUGCUAGUCAUAAAUAUGGAAAUUAAAAUACCGUUUGGUUUUUGAUUUUGGAUAACCAGAAUAGCCGCAAUCUUAGUUACCAUCAAGCAUCUGUUUCAUUUGAUGUCUUCCUGCCAGCCACUAUAACUACUAUUCUAUUAUAUAUUUUGAAUUAUAAAGCUUAUUUAAAUGUUAUUAAAGAUU